AUGACACUCCCAGCGCCUGUCGGCUACCUAUAUUGGUACACGACCUCCAUCAUCCUCUUCAUCCUCACCCUCUACAAUGUGCUCUACAAGCUCUUUCACCACGCUCGGUCUAAAGGCUUCAUCCGCACCGCUUCCUCCCACGACAGUCGCAUAGGGAGAGUCUGGAGAACGGGGAGGGCUCUUGUAGACAAGCAUGUCUUGCUGGCCGGGAUACGAAGACCGCCCUUGAAGUUUUGGAAGAAACGGCCGUCAAAGUGGCAGAUCAUGCCGAGCACGGAAGUUUGGUGGCGGGUGGGGUACAGCGUAGGCUUUCUCGUUCUCGCAUUCUACAGAACCGGAUGGGAUAGACAUACAUAUGCAAACCAAGCGGCGUGGCUGGCAGUCGCCCAGAUCCCACUGAUCAUUGCACUCGCUGGCAAGAACAAUCUGAUAUCAUUCCUGACUGGUAUACCGUACGACAAACUGAACUAUAUCCACCGAGCUGCCGGGAACCUCUGCCUCUCAGGCGUAUGGAUACACGCUGGCGGACACUGGUCGCUCUCUCACGGGUGGAGCAAAGCGUCUUGGUCAAGCGCCCUUGCUCACUGGGGGUUCGUCGGGAUUUUUUCUAUUACUCUUCUAUCUCUCAUUUCCAUCCAGCCAUUUCGACGAUACGUCUUCGAGUUUUUCCUUGCUCUGCAUAUUGCGCUGGUGGCGCUCAUGCUGGCAGCUUUCGUCAUGCACUGGAAGGCGAUGGAUGUCUGGUUAUAUCCUGGCGUUGGCUUGUGGGCAGCAGACAGGAUCCUCCGCCUUUUGCGCAUCGUCUACUACAACCAUAUCUACCCGUCAAAAGCCAUCCUACCACCCGAAGAGCCCUCCUCGCCACUCUCCCCGAAACGUUCUUCCAACUGUAAGACCCACACCACCGCCCAGAUCACCCUCCUCACUCCCUCAACUCUCCUCCUCACCAUCCCUCGCCCAUCUCCUCGACUGUCCUGGAACGCAGGCCAGCAUUUCUACAUUUCCAUCCCUGGUGUCUCUCGCUGGCCUUGGGAGGGACAUCCCUUCACUGCUGCCUCUGUUCCGGGGAUGAUGGAGGAAGAUGGGGCCGAGAAUGAUCAGUUGGCGUUUAUCGUCCGGGUCAGAGACGGUUUCACAAAGAGGCUUCUGCGAUAUGUGGAAGAGAAUCUGCCUGGAGGAGGGUAUGGCAGGAAGGGGAUGGAGAAGCAGGCUGUGGGUGUGAGGGCUGCUGUAGAGGGACCGUAUGGGCCGAGAAAUGAGGUGAGAGAGUAUGAUGGGGUGUUGAUAUUUGCUGGCGGAUCUGGGAUUAGUUUUGGCGUGGCGACGUUACUCCAGAUCAUUCGAGAUGCGAAAAAGGGAAAGAGCAGAGUGAAACAUGUCACUAUUGUCUGGAUGGUCACGUCGCGGUUACACUUGGACUGGAUCACACCGCUUCUCUCACCACAUCUCAAAAAUCUCCCACCAUCGCUCAACGUAACUCUCAAAAUCCACAUCACCCGCCCUCCCAUCCCCCUCUCCUCCCCCUGCCCAUCCGCGCUCCCUCCUCCAGCUCUACGCACAUCAACCUUGUCCAACCCAUCCGAACACCUCCAUGCCCAAACCGAGCUCGAAGAUUACCUCCACCGCCGUGUACACGAACGGUCAGAAAAGCACCGACGGAAGAGACGAUGGAGUGUGUUUAGCUGGGCUAGUUGGGGUCCUCGGAUGGGCCGGGACAGUGCUAAGAGUGGAGUGAAUACCAGAAGAGGGACUCAUGCGGAGAUUGCCAGGGGGGCAGUACGCAAAGAGAGUGUUUCGGAACCGACGACGGGGUCUCAGACAAGUUCGACCUCUCGCCGCUCAUCGCACGGCGAAAUCCAUCAUCCACCCCCCACAAACUUUGCGUGGUCAGAGCAUUAUACGAGCGAUCGUAUGCCUAACGCCCAGUAUAUCAGCCCCAUCCAUUCAGACCAUUCUGGUUCGCCCUCGGCCACCCCGAUGAGAAGGUUGUCGACUGCCCCGAUGCCGCCGGUGAUGGAAGGUGACGAGCUGGUAUUGUCGGAAGCGGCGCCUCUUCCUGGGAUCGAGGAGGUUCCGGGAAAGGGGACAGCUGGUGCACGGUCCUCUUCGCCCACCUCUGGUGAGUUUACAGAAGAGGGCGAUCUGGCUACACGUCCUCGUACUCUCUCCCCACCUCCCUUCCCCGAACGCCGUAGACAUGUCUCCAUCUCUGACGCCCCGCCUCUUAUCUCUCCUUCUCCACGUCAGGCAUCGUCGGCGUCAGUCAACUUUGAUCGUCCCAGGCCUUCCAUCCUCCUCACGUCACUCAAGCUGCGUAAUCAUCGCUCGUCCUCUCACGCCCCGGGGCUGUUACUCGAUCCAGAGCUACUGGCGCCGCCCAUGAGCAGAAGCUCAUCGGCAGAGUCUGUAGACUCUACUACAUCUGCUAGCUCCGGUCGGUCUCUGGCGAGUUUCACAGCGCCCGAUACUCCGCCGUCCAUACCCGACCUCUUGCCGGUUCUCGGAUUAGGCCAAGACUCGACCACCGAAGAGAGCAGCCUGGAGCAUAUCUCAGACAAGGAAGAAGAAGAUGUUCAGCGACCAUCCACACCCACACUCCUCCUAUCGCAGCUCUCGUCAGCGACCGAUACGUCCCCCGAAGAAGUCUUGCAAGGUCUCGCACUUAUUGGCUCUAUCCCAGAUCCGCAGAAGAGACGGGAGAGCUUGGAACAGUGGAUCGGCGGGGUGGAGGGGGAUUUGAGAAAGAAGGCGAACGUGCUUUUGGGGCUUGAUGGGGAGGGAGGGGUGGUCAGGUGGAAGACGGGUCGGGCCAACCUGCGGGGAGAGAUCAGGGGGAUGAUGGACAUUGUAUCUCUUCCAUCGGGGCAAAGCUUUGAAAAGAAGGGAGCUUCACCCCAGAAGGAUGCGGAGAAGAAUCAGCCUGAGUCUGUGGGUGAGCGAGCCAAGAUAUGGGUUGGCGUUUGUGGGCCGCGCAGUCUGCUAGAUUCAUCAACGUUGGCGGUGAGAGAGGAGUUGAGCGGGAAGGCUGUAUGGGGUGGUGGGGUGCGGAUCGACUUUCAUGCAGAGAGCUUUGGGUGGUGA